AAAAGAUAUCAAUAAUUAUAUUGCCAUAAGUAAACAGUUUCCAUAUGUCUUAUAAAUUAUUUAAAUACAAUGACUUUUUACGAAAAUAUAAAAGAAAAUUUAACGACACAAAUAUACGAAUUAGAAGCAUUACAAUCAGUUUAUCCAGAAGAAUUAAUCGUCGCCGAUCACGGAAUUGUAGCUGAUAUAAAUCAUUUUAUUGAAUUUCCUCAAGAAGAACUUCCGCAAAGAUUGGAAUAUGUUAUAAAGAUUUCUGAGAAUGAAGCAAUAAUUGAGCUUCAAGUAUGUCUGCCAACUAAUUAUCCACAAGAAAAACCUGAAGUUUAUGCAAGAACUUCCAUGUUAGAUAGAAUGCAACAAUUGCUUUUAAAUGAAGCACUUGCAAGUUUUUUAAAUGAAAAUGAGCAAGGUGAGCCAUGUAUAUAUUCAUUGAUAUCAUGGUUACAAGAUAACAUAGAGAAAUAUCUUAAAAAUUCUAACAUGAAUAAAGAAAAAACUAAUGAAUAUAAAAAGAAAGAACAUGAGCAAGGUGAUAAAUUAAUUUUUACUAGAUAUUGGAUAUAUAGUCAUCAUAUAUAUAAUAAACUUAAAAGAAAAGAUAUAGCAAAUUUAGCAAAAGAAUAUUGUCUCACUGGAUUUUGCCUGCCUGGUAAGCCAGGAAUUAUUUGUAUAGAAGGUACAGAUACAAACUGUGAACUCUGGUGGCAAAAGGUAAAGGUUAUGAAUUGGCAUAGAAUUCUCAUAAAAUUAAUAGAAGAUGAAAUCUUAGACAAUGAAAAAAAUAUAAAUACCAUGCGUAAAUAUCCUAACUUUCAAGAAGUAUCUUUUCCUAGUUCGGAUCGUCAUAAUGAUAUGGGACAGUUACUUACAUAUUUAACUGAACAUCAAUCUCAACAUGUUUUUAAUGAUAUUUUUGGUAUCAAAGGAAAAUUUACCCAUUAAAGUAAUCAUUUAAAAUAUAUAAUCUAUCUUUUUAAAUAAAUAUAUUUAAAAAAAAAAAAACAAUAUUGCAGUAACAUACCAGCAUCAUUGUUAAAUGAAUGAUGAAAUUGUCUUUUACGGCGAUUGACUAGAUUACUUAUGUUUCCGGUAUACAAAUUUAUUUCUUUAUCAAUUUGGUGUAAUGUGUUUAGAUUUAAUGAUUGAUAUUCUGAAAGUACAGAAGUAAAUUAAUAAUCGCUCGUUAGGUGAACAGAAUUUUGUACAUACCAUAUUUUGUCUUCAGCUUUUCGAAAAAUUCAGUUAAAUCAUCUAGUACAGUAGUUAAAACUUCUGAACCAUGACUUAAACGACAAUCAAUUAUACCACAUAUAAAUACGAAUAUUAUUAGAAAAUUUGUUACCAUUUUGCUAAACUUUACUCAUCAAGAGUAAUACGUUACGAGUGAAUUAAGUUUACAAGAUCAAUUAUAGACUAUUACAAGGUAAUAUGUAAUGUUUACAUUUUUUGUAAAUAAUCAGGUCACCUGGAGUAAGGAUAUCAUGAUACUUUAUUGAUAUUAUGAAACUGAAGGGAUAUCAAUAUAAAUGUUAAAUGUAUUUUCUUACUGUAACAAAUAAAAUAAUACAAAUAUAUAAAUAGUAAUCUA